CUCUAGAGUUUUACGGGUCUAAGCCCGACGAGGACCCCCAUGACUUUAUUCGGGGGAUGCGGCGCUUAUUAGAUUUGGUCAGGGCUUCAGAGACUGAGUCUGUUGAGUUGGCUUCGCAUAGACUACGGGAUGUUGUUGCUCACUGGUAUGAGUCCUGGGAGCUAUCCAGGGGUGAGGGUGCUACCCCAGCUACUUGGGACGAGUUCGUGACUGCUUUCACUCACCACUUUUUGCCCCCAGAGUUACGGCGGGCGCGGGUUGACCGAUUUUUGCAUCUGCAGCAGAGGGGUCGGAGCGUCCGUGAGUAUAAUAUGGAGUUUGAUUCUUUGGCCCGGUAUGCACCUGCCAUAGUAGCAGAUAUGGCCGAUCGGAUGCACAGAUACGUGAUGGGGUUAGACCGCUAUUUGAUUGAUGGCUGUAUGGCGGUGGCAUUGCAGGCAGACAUGGAUAUUGCCCGACUACAGGCUUAUGCCCUGGGUAUGGAGGACCGACAUAGAGCUGAUUAUUCUAGCAGAGAUCGGGACAGGAGGCCGCCCAAGAGGGCCAGAUUCGCAGGUUAUUCUGGAGAUUCUCGAGGCGGACAGCCUCAGCAGCAGCAGUCAGGCAGACAUCCUCCUCCGUCAGGCCGGGGUACACCCCCACAGUUUAUCGGCAGGAGAUCUGAGGGUGCCGGAUAUUCAGGGGCAGGCCCGAGCUCUAGGGCUUCAGGUUCACAGUUGGACAGAGGUUCCAGCAGUCAGAUGAGGCCACCCAGACCUUUGUGUUCCUAUUGUGGGAGACAGCACCCGGGAGAGUGUUUCCGAGCUACGGGUGCAUGCUUUGUGUGCGGCCGUCAGGGCCAUCAUAUGAGAGACUGUCCGGCUAGAGGUGGUACAGGCAGUUCAGCUCAGUCUACCGGGUCAGCCGGUGGUUCAUCUUCAGCCUCGGUGGCGAUGCGCCCUGCGGGGCGAGGUACUCCAGCACCAGCAGGCCGCGGCAGGGGUCGUGGCGGAGCUUCGGGUUCUAGCGGUCCUUCGAACCGCAUUUAUGCCUUAGCCAGCAGACAGGACCAGGAGGCUUCGCCUAAUGUCGUCACAGGAUAGAAUCCGAACCGAUAGAGCCUUUUGAGGUAGCUACACCAGUAGGGGAUUCUGUUAUAGCCAGUCAGAUUUAUAGAGAUUGUUCCGUGAUUAUCUGUGGCCGCUGCACUAAGGCGGAUUUGGUAGAG